AUGUCCACGGUGGCUUUACAAACGAGUAAACGUUCACUUGUGAAAUUACGUGCAGUCACAUUACAUAUCGACUGUGCCUAUGCAUCCAACGAUGCAUCACUGCGAUCGGCAAAGCCAGCAACAUCGGUGACAUUUGUCGGAGAUAAUUUACCCAUUAACAUGGGCUUGAAUGAAGUCAAGUCACUUCGUUUAACUGAUAUGAGACGUGGCAGUGGUGGUCGAGCAAGUUUCAGUGGAAUUGUUGCAACAGUUUUUGGCGCACAAGGGUUUGUUGGUGGUGUAACAGUGAAUCGACUCGCAAAAGAAGGUUCGCAAGUAAUUGUUCCCUAUCGUGGUGAUGUGUAUGGUUUACGAGAACUCCGUGUCCUCGGUGAUCUUGGUCAAAUUCUAUUUACACCAUUUCAUGGAAAAGACGAGGCAUCAAUUCGUCGUGCUCUGGAACACUCAAAUGUCGUUAUCAAUCUAAUUGGACGUCAAAGUGAAACUCGAAACUUUUCGUACGAUGAUGUUCAUGUUAAAGUAGCGCGAUCUAUAGCGCGAUUGGCACGUGAAUGCGGUGUACAACGAUUGAUUCACUUUUCAGCUUUAAAUGCUAGUCCCAAUCCGCCAGCGAUUAUUAUUCGCAAACCAUCGCGAUUUCUUCAAUCGAAAUAUGCUGGUGAAUUAGCUGUGCGUGAGGAAUUUCCUGAUGCAACAAUCUUUCGACCAUCAGCUAUUUUUGGAAAUCAAUAUAAUGAUGGAUUUAUUGCAUAUCAUUUCUCUCGAUGGGUUCGACCGUCAUCGUUUCUACGAGUCCCACUCUAUGCAUCAGGAGAAAAAACUAUUAAAGCACCUAUAUAUGUAAGCGAUGUUUCUAACGCAAUCUAUGCAGCUAUUCGAGAACCAAUGAGUAUUGGACAAACCUAUGAGAUUUAUGGACCUGAACGUUAUCAAUUACGAGAAUUAAUCGAAUACUGCCUCCGAUACAUGCGUCGGAAAAGUGUUAUUACACCACUGACACCCGACGUUUUUGUGAAAGCAAUAGGAAAUUACUUCUUUCAUAAAAGUCUUUACAAUAUCGAUCGUAUGCAAUGCGCUUAUGUUUCGGACACAUUUACACCUGGCUUACCUACCAUUCGUGAUCUAGGCAUUGAACCAAUCAAAUUUUCAGAUGCCAUUGGAAAUAUUAUGGCUUCAAUGAGAAAGAGUGGUCGAUAUGUUGAAAAUCCAGAAGAUUUCUUGAUACCUGACCCGCCGAAACCACUUUCACAAGAAUUUGAACUUUCAUACAAUGUAUCCUAUCCUUAA